CUCUGCUCUCUCUCUGCACCCACCACCACCACCACCAGCAACUCGCCCACCGCUGGUCCGGUCCAGCGCAUCGUUCGUCGACGUCGAGUCCAGAUGCCGCCCCGGCCCCGUUAGGCCCGCCCGUCCGCCCUGCCCCAAGCUCCAGCCUUCUGGAAAAAGCCACCCAGCCAAACCCCACGAGGCGCCGGCCCAGCUCGUCUAUUUUGCCCCAGGCGGCCUUGCCAAAGGGAGAGAGAUAAGCUGGCCUCGACAAUGCGUCGUUGGCUCGCUCUCUCUUAAAGCACCUCGGCCCCGCACCCUCCCGCAGAUCCAUAAAGGCCCUUUGUUCUUGUUGUGUGCUUGCUGCUUUUGCUGCUGUUUCUCACACACUAGGUGCCCAUCAUGUCUUACUCGUGGGUUGGAGCACCCACUCCCUUCAACGGCACCAACGAACACCUCGGCGGCGACUCCAGCUCCGAAAACUUGAACCAAUGGUACCAAUCCGGAGACCAGGCCUACAUCAUCAUAUGCUCGGCCAUGGUCCUGAUCAUGGUCCCCGGCCUGGGCUUCCUCUACUCUGGACUCGCUAGGAGAAAGUCCGCCCUGUCAAUGGUGUGGGCCUGCAUGGCCUCGUCGUCCAUCAUCACUUUCCAAUGGUAUUUUUGGGGUUACUCGCUCGCUUUCAGCCAAUAUGCCACCAACGGCUUCAUCGGCGACUUGCGAAAGUUUGGCUUGAUGAAGACGUUGGGCGCCCCGAGUCCUGGCAGUGUCUUGAUCCCGGAUCUGCUCUACGCCUUCUACCAGAUGCAAUUCUGCGCUGUAACGGCCGCUAUCGUCGUCGGUGCCGUCGCUGAGCGCGGUCGCCUGAUCCCGUCCAUGGUCUUCAUCUUCGUGUGGGCAACCAUCGUCUACUGCCCGAUUGCCUGCUGGGCCUGGAACGCCAACGGUUGGUUUUACAAGUGGGGAGGCAUGGACUACGCUGGUGGUGGACCCGUCGAAAUCUGUUCCGGAAUGUCGGCCCUCGCUUACUCGAUGAUCCUCGGACGCCGCCAGGAGAGGAUGAUGCUUAACUUCCGCCCUCACAACGUCUCGCUCAUCACCCUCGGCACCAUCCUUCUGUGGUUCGGCUGGCUCGGCUUCAACGGUGGCUCCGCCUUCGGUGCCAACCUGCGUGCCGCCAUGGCCUGCUGGAACUCGAACCUCACGGCCAUGUUCGGUGCCAUUACCUGGGUUCUUCUCGAUUGGAGGCUUGCCCGCAAGUGGUCCAUGGUCGGCUGGUGUUCCGGCACCAUCUCUGGUCUCGUCGCCGCGACGCCCGCGUCUGGUUUCAUCACCCCCUGGGCCUCGGUCUGUCUCGGUAUCGCCACCGGCAUUAUUUGCAACUUUUCGACCAAAAUCAAGUUCUGGGUCCGGAUUGACGACGCGAUGGAUGUGUUCGCGGAACACGGCGUGGCUGGCAUGGUCGGCCUUUUCUUCAACGGCAUCUUCGGCGCCAGCUACAUCAUCGGACUGGAUGGCGUGAACGCGGGAGUCAAGGGCGGGUGGAUCGAGCACGGCUGGGUCCAGCUUCCCAAGCAGAUCGCCUACAUUGCGGCCUGCACGGGCUACGCCUUCGUCAUGAGCGCGCUGAUCGCUUUCGUCAUCAACAAGAUUCCGGGCCUGCACCUGCGCGCGUCCGAGGAGGCCGAACUCCUCGGCAUGGACGACGACCAGCUCGGCGAGUUUGCCUACGAUUAUGUCGAGGUUCGCCGUGACUACCUCGCCUGGACCCCGGCGAAGAACGAGCCCGCGUCGUCCGAGCACCAAAUCCCGCAGGGCGAGCGCCACGGCAUCGCGCAGCACAGCCAGAUGCUCGAGGGCUACGAGCCCAGCGAUGAGGACACGGGCCCGUCGCCGCCGGACUCGGGCCACGCGCACACGGGCAUCGGUGGUGACAGGCACGCCGUCGCUAUUGAGGAGAAGUCGCAGCCGCACCCCGACGAGGGGCGGUGAGACGGGCCACGCUCUGCCCUUUUUUCCCUUUUUUCUUCUUCCUAUUUGCGACGACGAUACUGCUUGUUUAUACCUAUUUGCUGGCACACACGCACACGAUGACACCCUUGGGUUUGGGAGCGCGGACCACGGUCCUUUUGUCUUGGUUUCUCUGGGGGAUAUGUUUGUAUUUUCCUUUUUUCGUUUCGUUGGGGGCGGCGUUGGAUACCAAAGAGUUUCACUCGGAUUGCGGCAGCAUCACACACACGACGGAUGGCGCGUGUCCUUGCAUACCGGCAAGGCGGCGCUUGUUUACCCUCUUGGUGUGUUUUUUUUUUUUUUUUCUU